AUGACAUUCGGUCAUUUAGUAACGUUGACGGCAGAUGAUGCGCUCGAUGAAAAACUACCAAACAUGAGCUUGACCAAGUGGAGGAGAGUCUUGAGUAGAACCCACUAAGGUUAUCCCUCAAGAAAGCGGAACUCCGUGGAACAGUGAUUUGGGGCUAACGGGACCCUCGCAUGGUGACUGAUCCACGAGAAAUCAUCAGGGAAAUAGCCAAUGACAUUGGGGGACGAACACUCAGUGCAUGGACAUAGUGCUCUUCCGAUUGUAGGAUUGAUGAGGAUGAAACGGAACUUUUGUUGCCUCGUUGGUGUGACAAAGCAACACGCAAGUGUUGCUUGUAAGUAGCGUGGAUCCAUACCACCGCCAAGAAGUGCCACAGCCCAGCCAUCCCCCUUUGAGGUGAUGUCACAUGUAACCUAGCCUGGGCGCUUAAGGUCCGACCGCGACUGCACUUCGCUGGCAACUACAUGAACCUGCCCAUUCCUUUCUCCCUCAUUUGGAGCAACCAUGGCACGACGAGACAGUGCAACCGCUCAGAAGACCAAAAGGCAGUCCUUGAAUCUGCCACACCAAGGGAAACGCCCUCAAGGCAUCAAGAAGGGACAAAAGCAAACCCCUCUUCGACGGAGCGCCCGUUUGGACCGCUUGAUUGAGGUUAAUGAGACUCAACCAAAAGCCAGCCAGCAGCCUCUACCAUCUCCAGUCAGCGACAUUAAAAGUCCUCAUCGUGCGCACCCACCUCCUACCCUUCUACCAUCGAAGCCUCCGAAGCGGAAACGAGAAACUGAACAGCAACUAAACCCGCCCUCUCCAAAACGGCCGCGAACAUCUUGUCCUAGCCCCUCUGUUCAGGACGUGGAUUCUGUUACAUAUUGGACGCAGACAUACCACUGGCCGCGAGGAUACUUCAACGAAAGUGGCGAAAUGAGUCACUUAUUGGCGAGAAAGAAAUCCGCCACCUCCCUUCGCCGAAAGCGGUCGGAUAGCGAGUCUGGCGUACUCAGCUCAAAUACACCGAGUGACCAGAAGCCUAGAGAGGAGAAGAGUGCUCCUUAUCAAGACCCACGCUACAACUCGCUUCUCGAGGCGAAAGGCAGCUUUAUGGGCAAGUAUGUUGGCCGGAGUGAAGAGGGUCCUACAACAACAAGCAAGAAAGAGUACAAGUCCUUGCUUGAAGCCGAGCAGAUAGUUCCCGAACAUUCCUUGUUUCAGGAUGAUUUCUUCGAGGAUACCUGCGAGAUGGUACAGAACAGAAACGAAGCAAAGGUCAUUCAGGAUAUCGCAAGACUCAUAGUCCCUUCCGCGCAGUCAUUGGCGGUUCAAGGAGCGAAGCAUUUCAGGUGUCUCAUUGAGAGCGUCAACGAGGGCUGGAACAAUUCUAUCCCAGUCACCAAAACACGACCUCAACCAGACUAUUCUGUGGGGUUCAAACGCUCGGCAUUCACAGAAGAUCAACUUCAGAAACUCCAGCCGUUCGUGGGCGACCUCUUCGACAACUCCUUCUUCAUGGGGACAUGGUAUAUGUACUUCCCCUUCUUCUCGAGCGAAGUGAAGUGCGGUGCGGCCGCACUCGACGUGGUAGAUCGACAGAACGCGCACAGCAUGACGCUCGCCGUUCGAGGAGUCGUGGAACUGUUCCGGCUCGUGAAGCGCGAGAAAGAGCUUUAUCGGGAGAUCCUCGCCUUUUCUAUCUCGCACGAUAAUGAGACCGUGAGGAUUUAUGGCCACUACCCUGUGAUCGAGGGCAAAAAGACCACGUUCUACCGUCAUUCCAUUUAUAAAUUCAGCUUUACCGCACUUGAUGGGAAAGAGAAAUGGACGGCGUAUAAGUUUACCAAAAGUGUCUAUGAUACCUGGAUGCCUGCUCACUUCAAAAGGCUUUGCUCGGCAAUCGAUGCAAUACCACCCGAUAUACAUUUUGAAGUCUCCGAGGAAUCCGAUCUGCAAUUCCCUUCCUCAUCUGGACUCUCACAGGGUCUGGAGAGCCAUAACCUCUCGGACUUAGGAGCUAUAGGUGACGAUGAGCUGAGGCUCCUCGAUCCCCAGGAAUUGACACCAGAAACUUCUGUUACCCAAACAUCAGAACAGGUGACGUUCAAGAAACCAAAGAAGAGAUGAGACUCGGUAUUCACAUGGCUAGAGAACUUGUGGAGAAAGGAAGGUGGAAUUGGGGCAAAAUCAUUUCGACGAUAUUACUGUCUCACAAGCUGCUAUUAUCAUGGUGUUCGGGAACAAGUUUGGUCCCAACGGAGAAUCACUCGCAUCAAGAACGGUGUAUCAAUGUACACAGCAGAGAGAAAUUCUGGACAUGAUUUAUUGUGAAUGCUCUGUGCGAAAUACUUCGCUGGGGUGAUACGACCUUUUGGACAUGGCUCCUGAACGUUAUAUCUGCAUGCAAACAGGUUGAUAUCGUGAUAGUGAAUGCAUUCUCUUGUGUGCCGUAGUCUUCGAGUUACAGCCUGGAGAAAGUGUGAGAGAAGGGAGAAAUCCAAAAACCAUAAAGCAGUCAAUCAGGCUUUUCCAAACCCGUUUGAUUCUCUGAGUACUGCAACGAACGCC